AAGUAAGACGGAAAGGGAAGGAAAAUAAAGUGGAGAAAGUGUGUGUAUGUGUGUGUGUGUGUGUGUGGAAGUAGGUUAGGCUAGCGUUCCUGUUAGCAUGCAGCCAGCCAGCCUCUCUCCGCCUGGACCGUCACACUGGAAACUCUGAACUGUUUGGGCUGCAGCUCUGACCGAGGAGGACGCUUCUCCUGCUUCCCCUGGAACAAACUGGACAGCAACAGUGCAUCGUCCACCCGCCUGUUUAGGGAAGAAAAAUAUGUAGAAAUGGAUUUUGUGAAACUGAUCGGAGCCGUUUUGGCCGUUUGUUGUCACCCAGGCUGCGCGUUAAGAGGAUUCGCUAGUCAGAGGAUUUGCCGCCGGGGCACUGAGAAGCCUUGCUAUAAGAUUUCACACCACCAGGACAGUCGGUUCAGGGUGGGCUUUGAGGAGGCCUGGCGGACGUGCAAGGACGAUGACGGGGAGCUACUCAGCAUAGAGACAGAAAACGAGCAGAGGCUGAUCGAGAAGUUCAUACAGAACUUGCAUGCCUCUGAUGGGGAUUUCUGGAUUGGGCUGCGGAGGAAUCAGGGCUCAGGAGCUGGAGACUGUUCUUCACGGUAUUACUGGAUGGAUCGUAGCCUGAGCACCUUCAGGAACUGGCUCUUGAAUGAGCCCUCGUGUGGCAGUGAGUACUGUGUGGCACUGUACCACAGGUCCUCCACUCCAGCUGCUCUGAAGAACCACUACAUGUUUAAAUGGAGUGAUUCCAACUGCCAUACCAAGAACAACUUCAUCUGCAAGUACUCAGAAGAAAAGUCUCUGGUUCCUACUCCUGCAGGAAAUUCCACUGCUCUCACAGAUAUUCCACAGACAACUCUGAAAACAGAACAGCAGCCUGUCACUCUGGAUUAUGAAAAAAUAAAAACAGGAUUCUCCGAAUCAUCAGUGUCUCUUUCAGAUGACAGCAUCAAUGUUUACUACAUCCUGCUGGCUACUGUGCCUGUACUGCUGCUGCUGAUAUUGGUGGUUUCAGGGGUCUUCUGCUACAGAGUCAUGGCCAGGAAGAAAAAGGAGCAAAACGACAUCUACGCUGUGCCUGGGCAGUGGAUAUCUGCUGGGGCCCUUAAAAACUGUAGCCACACUCCCACAGACAACCCCAACCAGCAUGGGGCCCACCUGGAAUACAUGAGCUCAGAAAUCAGCAGAACAUUCAUUGUUAGGGGGCUCAGCAGCCGCUUUGAGGACUAUGAGAAUGUGCCGAGCAACACGGCGGGAUUCGUCACUAACGACAUCUAUGAAGCCUGCCGCAGUCCAGCAGCCGUUGAGGCAGGAUGGGUGGAAAACGACAUCUAUGGGUACUGAGGAUACUAAAGCUGUGCAUUGGUGGGACCAAAGCUGUGUUACCACCUUUCCACCUUCCUGUUCCCUCCUCAAACUCGCAUCAGACAUUCUCUAGUUCCAUUCUUGCUCCUUGACUCUAAUAUGACCUACAGUGACAUACACAGCGGUCAUGUGAAGUGGCAUCGUUUUGGUGGACAGUAGGCCCAGGUCUCCAAAACCCAGUACAAAGAAGAGAUGUCAUCGCCUCGUAGCUUCCUUUGUGGACACCAGUGUCCGGGAACAGGACGGUUGGUUCGGAAAAUCUCACGAUAGUGCCCUGACCCUUCUGCUCAUCUGAACAAUGUCCAGUCCCGCCUCAGAGAGGGCCUUCUCCAACGGAUGCCCAUUGAAAUGCCCUUUGUUUUUCAAACUCUAAUGAUUCUGGAAUGGCCUCCCAGUUCAAAGGCAAAAACAGACCGUUUUGCUUAGCUUGGAUAUUCCAAACUGCUAAAGAAAUCCUGCUCAUAACACCCUAAAACUAUCAAUGUUUCAUCUUUUUCCUUGUGGCUUUGAGAUAAUGCUGAGAGAAACAUUGUCAGUUUCCUUUUGAUUGUUCUGAAAAGUGUUCAUAACAGUUAGGAUAAGGAAUUCAGAUUUGAGAUUCAAAGAAGCGAUUUCUAUGUGUAUAUAUAUAUAUAUAUAUAUAUGUGUGUGUGUGUGUGUGUGUGUGUGUGUGUGUGUGUGUGUGUGUGUAAAUAUAUUCUGUCCUUUAUCUUCAAAGAUUUUACAGCAUAUGAGGGAUAAAUGAUUGGUCGUUGCUUCCCAAAUCCAUCUCUAUGGUUGGUGGUACUACAUAAAUUUUCAACAUGUCAGUGCACCCACAAGGUUUGUAACAGCAGUCAGUUUCUCAAGGAGGCACUGGGACUACAUCUAUCGGACUACACUAACCAAUGCUUUUCACUGACACUCAUGUAAUGUUUACAGACAUUUUAUGGCAAGCUAUUAAACAGUGUAUGGUGAUCGUUUAGAUGUAGCUCUGUUAAUUAUGAAAAUUCCUGAGGCUGAUCAUUUAGCAGUAUUAUAUACAUAAGACCUACUUCAGAUAGAUGUGUUGAAAUUUAUAUUAUAGCAUUUAAUUGUGCUUGGAAAAAUAAUAAACAGCUUGUAAUCACUGGUUGAUUAGGUAUUUAAUGUUUGUGGCUAUCUGUAUGCUUGCCUUGCCUAAAUUACUGCGUGUUACAAAAUGAUUGUGUGGUUUUGUAAAACACUCUUCUGAUGAAAGAGCGAAAGGGCAGAAUGUGUCAGUGAGGCAUUUUAUGUAACCGAAGACCGCGAUGGCGUCUGUUAUCUGCCAGCAGAUGUCACUGUUUGAUAAUGGAGCCUUCUCAGUGGGAAGUUGUUUGUCCUCUAAAUUGUCUCUAAGAGUAAAAUGCUUUCAGAUUGA